AUGGAAAUAGAAAAACCUGUAUUAAAGCAACCACCUACAGAUCUUUUAAAAUGCUAUCGUGAGCUAAACUUCAGUUCUUCACUUUCUCUUCACCAUCAUCCGGAUAUGAGUAAAGCAGAAGCACUGAAGAAAGCUGAUAAUAUGGCAGAUAAUAAUAAUGAUGAUAGUGUUGAUAGUAAUGAUGAUGGUAAUGAUAAUAAUAAUGAUAACAGUAAUGGCAGAAAUAGGAGCUAUCUGUUAUUGAAAAAAGCAAAAGAAGACGAUGAUAAUGAUGCAAAGUCAUCUAGCACUACCAUUAAACAGCAUUUUACUGGUUUUGCUAAUGAGCAAAAAGAGCAGGCAACAACAACAACUAUGUCGGAUUUCGACUGUCCAGAAUUUUCAUCAGUUCACCAUCGCUGUUCUACGGUACCAGUUGAAAUCUCCAGACGAAGUCAUGCUUUUAUUGCUUGCAAAUUGGCACAGAAUUCAUCGGAUAGCGGUGUCAGUUCAAAUUCAAUACACAGUAUUCAAGAAGAAAUUCCGAAAGUGGAGAGGGAAGAUUCGGGAAGUUUCCAAGAGAAAGCAAAACACUUGAUAUCUUCACUCUAUUCUUCUUCUCUUGUUCGACAACAUCGACGAUCGGCAACACAUACAACCACGCCAUCACUGGUUUUGCAAAGUUCAAAAAUCUUUGAUCCGAUAGUUCCUUUCGGUGAUGACAAUUUAAGAAUACAUAGUAAUAAUUAUGAUAACGGUGCUAAUAAUAUGGGUAAUCAGGAUAGAAUACUGGAAGAGAAAAGACCGCGAAUUGAACGACCACGAGCUCGAUAUCCAAAUUCGGCAAGACGUACAUCUGCGCCCGCAUGUUUGUGGUCUACUUCAUUAUUUCCUGACCAGCAACCGAAUUCAUUGUUGCACGAUAAUUUUCUCUUACUACAUAAAUUGUUAGCUAAGCAACGAAUUAUGCAAGAUAAUGUGGAAACGUUCAAUUUCUAUCCUUCUACUGGUAUUCAUGGUGCUAAUGAUGAUAUUGCUGCUACAUCUCAAUCAGAAACUCCACCUGCAAUAAUACCGUCACAUUUUCCAACUACACAAACACCAACAUCACCAUCAGUUUUAGCUUCAUGGCAAUGGCUCAGAGGUUAG